AAUUCACCGUUUGACAUCAGCGGCCAACAAUAUGUGUCCCUUAUUUUCAUCGUUCGGCGCAGUUCUCGCACGCCACCAGUGAAAUCACGACGGACAGAAGGAAAUUCGGGCCGCGAUUGGGAAAAAGGGGCCCGAACAAUCGACGUAACUUUAGUAAUGUUAGUGACAGACGGACGGUGAAAUUGCAAGUUCGAGACACACGCAAUUGGCAAACGACCAGGAGCCCCCCCGUAACGUGACUUGUAUCCAGUGAUUUUUUCCGUUUCGUAUCAUUUGUGAAUUUACGUACCGAUCGACCGUGAUCCGGCCCACGAGCAGCAUCCACUGAUGACGAAAUGGAUCAUUCCGGCGAGCAAAUGACGGACAGGAACAUGGACUACAUCACAGUCGACAUGAAUCCAACAGUGGUCCAAUGGGUGAAGUUGCACGAAAGUGGGGAACUAACGAAAAACCAUCUGACCGACUUCUGGCGGGACUGGGUGCCGAAAAUCUACCAACCAACUGUGUUCAACCAAGAACUAACGUGGACGGUGAACGAGGACAUGGUGACGGACAUACUAAUCGGCACGUUGGAGCGCUUCAUCUGCAACGGCAAGAACCCGGACGAGGUGAUGGCCGAGCUGCAUUCGAAGGAACGUGCCUCGUCCGUAUGCGGGCGCGUGUUCAAAAUGGGCGAGCCAACUUAUCUGUGCAGGGAAUGCGGCGUCGACAAGACCUGUGUGCUGUGCGUGGACUGUUUCAAGAACUCGGUUCACCGCUUCCACAAGUACCGCAUGGGCUCGUCGGGCGGCGGCGGAUGCUGCGACUGUGGCGAUCCGGAAGCGUGGAAACGCGAUCCAUAUUGCAGCAACCACCCCGAACCGGCCGAAGGGCAGUCGCAGUUGGACGUCAGUCCGGAUAUGAUUGAGCGCAGCCGGUUCGUGUUCGAGGUGGUCGCUUGGCACGUCUACAAUCUGCUCACCACCGAACACAUAUCGGACGUGCGCCUCGGGGACGACACCGAAAGCUUCUUCGACGUCGACAACUACUGCACCAUUCUGUACAACGACGAGGUGCACACGUUCGAACAGGUCAUCACCACCUUGACGAGGGUGAUGCAAUGCACGCAACGCGUCGCCAUUGAUUACGUCACCAACAUCGAUCGUGAGGGAAGGUCGAUCGUGAAAUGUUCCAACUUUCAAGAAUGUUCCAAUCUGAAGGACGAAAUCGAAAAAUACACAUCCAGGCACGGGAACAGGCCGCUGAAAGUACUCAUCAACCACGCCUACAUAAUCGGCCACCAGAUGUUCUCUCUAAGAUUGUUAACAUGGUUGAGAACAUUCUUGGGGCACGGCAAAGAGUUCAGGGCGGUUUUCGCAGAAAUAGCCACUAAACAAACCGGCACCAAUCCUUGUUUAAUCAAGGCGAUUUUGCUCAGGGACUGCAGUUUAUGGAAGAACGCACGGACGCACUGGCAUAAGCUGUUAAUAGUCGGCAUGCUGAUGGAAUACGAGAACAAAAAGGCGUUGGCCAAAAUUUUCACCAGAAACUACGGUCAAGUCUUAAAAGAUUUCAUAAAGGACGACCACGACCACUCCUACUCGAUAGCUUCUUUGUCGGUGCAACUUUUUACCGUACCCACGUUGGCCCAUCAUCUCAUUGAACACGAGGAUGUACUCUACAUCCUCAUGAACACGCUCAUGUCGGAGUGUUGCAGGAAAUGUAACAAAUUCGGUAAACUCGAAUUCGAAAGGACCGCCGCCAGCAGUCCGUUCAAAAGAUCUCUGUACACCUUGUACGACUUGAGGUACUUGUUGGGCACCAUACCGCCGAAAUGGACGGACGAACUGAAGAAGAGGUUUUUGCACGGAUUAACGCUGAUUUUGAAUCUACUCGGCAUGAUGCAAGGAAUGGACGCAGCAACACGUCAAGUGGGUCAACACAUGGAAUACGAGCCAGACUGGGAGUCCGGUUUCAACCUGCACAUCAAACUGGCCUUCUGCAUCUCACUGCUCAUACAAUGGUGCGCAACUGACGAAGUGGUCCUCACCAAAGCCUAUCGUCUGACAUUGAAAAAACUAGAGGAGACACCGUGCUACGAGCCAGGUGAAGGAGGCGUCGUGCGCGAAAUCGCCGACCACACCACCUCCUGCGUCCACUAUGACGUGGCCUCCAAACCAGUUUCGAUACAUCUACCGUUGUCAAGAUUCUGGGCCGGACUUUAUGCUCACAUCGAACAGUUCAAUUUGCACACAAAGAACGAGUUUCUAGUACCGAAACCCACGCCGGUGCAACUCAUCGAACCCGUACUUAGAGCACAGGUGAUGGUUGCGCAGGUGCACGCCGGUAUGUGGCGCCGAAAUGGCUACGCACUCCUCAACACAUUGUUCUUCUAUCAUAACGUGAAAUGCCGCACCGAAAUGCUGGAUCGUGACAUUAGUAUGCUACAAAUUGGUGCCACGUUAAUAGAGAGCAACGAGUUCCUCAUUCACGUCAUCAACAAAUGCAAUCUAACUUACUGGGCCAGUCCCGAGUUCGAGGAGAACACCAUAAAGGCCAACGAAGAAGACAGCAUGAGACAAGUCAUCAGUUUGGUAGAAGAGAUGUUCCACAUCUUGAUUGUCAUUAUCGGUGAAAGAUACAUGCCCGGAAUUUCUGAUGCCUCAAACGAAGACCGCAUCAAAAAGGAAUUGAUCCAACACCUGUGCAUCAAACCACUGCCGCAUUCUGAACUGGUAAAAGUAAUCCCCGAAGAACUCACGGGAGACAACAGUCACGACGACAUAAUCUUGAACGUGGCCACGUUCAAGAAGCCGAGCGGCCGCAGCGGCCACGGCGUCUACGAACUGAAACCAGAAUGUUACGACGAGUACAACUGCUUCUACUACCACUACACGAGGGAGGAGCAAAGCAAGUCGGAGGAGGCGCAACGCUUGCGCAGAAAAAACGCCGGUGAAUUGGACUGUUGCCCGCCGCCGAAGCUGCGCAAGCUCCGCCCACCCUUCAUCAUGUUGGCCAACCUGCUGCAAUGCGACGUGAUGCUACACCUGAUGCAGUGCGUGCUGAAACGGUGCCAGAACUUGAGAGCGCGCAGCUUCUCCGAACUACAGCUGCAUAAAGUGCUGCAUCUGAUCGGCUACGCGCUCCACGAAGAGGAAUCGCGCUAUUACGAAUACUUCAGAUUCAUCGAAAACUCGCAGAAGUUCCAGAUUCUGGAGCUGUUGGAGGAGUUGCUCACGUGUCGGCGGGUCGACGCGCACAAAGAUCUGCUCAAAUGGACGAUAAUGAAGUUUAAGCAGGUGCAGAAGCUGAACUCUGGCGAAACACCCAGCCCCGAGGUGCCGUCCACCUCCACGGACACACCCAAAUCAACAGAAGAGUCCGACAAGAUUCGCAGGGCGAAACUGGCGGCCGAACGCAGGGCCAAACUGAUGAAUCAAAUGAAGGCGGCUCAAAAUACGUUUAUGAAGGAGAAUGCGAAGAUGUUCGAAGACGCAGAAGUCAACCCCACAAGGUCAUCACUGUCGAUGAGCGAAUCGCAGAUGGAGCUGGCGGAUCUCAACACUCAAAAACCUGUCGCCUUGGGUCCAUACCAAUCGCCCAAAGCACCUGGAGAUCCAUGUUACACUUGUAUUUUGUGCCAAGAGGAGGAUAAACUACGACCGGAAGGACCUACGCUGGUGCUAGCCGCCUUUGUGCAACAGGCGACAGUCUUAUGUCAACAUAAAAACUCAGAAGAACUGAUGGACGUCAGCAAACACGACCAUUUGUUCCUGCACGCUAAUUUAGGACCGGCACCGCACGUCAGCACUUGCGGUCACGUUAUGCACAGCGAUUGUUGGCGCAAAUAUUUCGACAACAUCAUGUUGAGAGAAAACAGACGACCCUACAGAUUAAGACAUCCGACGAGUUUCGAUGUCGAAAAACAAGAGUUCCUCUGUCCUUUAUGCGAAUGUUUAAGCAACACUGUUCUACCCCUCACUCCGCCACUCAGCUCUAUUCAAACCAAUAUCAACAAAUCACGGAUACCAUUCGACGUGUGGCUGAACAGUUUAAAAUCGGUCGUCACCAGAAAGAACAAAGUAUGUCAUGGUUUAUUCAAUUGCAACAUAACGGAACCGUGUGAGAACCAACAUUGUUCCGCAUGUCUGAACUCCACCAACGGUCAAAGCGCAUCGAGUCCGACGGACUGCGAGGCGAACUGCAUGUUCCAACGGCACCAGGUGUUUUACACCUGUCCCAUCGAAACCUUUCAACUCCGCACCGACACUCUACCGAAGGAAUUCAUUAGACUAUUUCCGGUCAGCACGACCGAACUGGACAAAGAUCUGCAAGAGAUGAUCAGGAUAUUCACCCAGGUCACUUUCACGAGAGGACUGGGUGUACAUCCGCAUCCGGCCGAUACGAGGGUGGCGCCCAUCGCCUGGAAAUCACUCGCGUACACCAUACACUCCGUAGAGGUACUUCUACGAGACUCUGGAAAACCAUUACUGGGCCAUUUGUCGAGCAGACAGAGGGACUGCUUGGAGAACUUAGUGCGCCUGGUGGGUGUACUGGGAACGACCAUGAAUCGCAGCGUCUGGAUAUGCAGCGACGCCCUCAAUCUGCUGUCAAAACUGAUGGAACAUCCACACGAGGGCCCGUCCGUGUUGCAAUGGGACUCCUUCGGAUUCCUCGUCUCCCUAACUUACUCCUUGCCCAGUUUGUCGUGUAAAGAUCUCCCUACUCCCGCCCCUACGGGUGGUACCCUCGAAAUGCACACGUUACGACUGAUGUUCGUAGCUCACAUCACGAAAAUACUCAUCAUGAUGAACGUAGAUAGUUUAAUGACGGAAGAUGUGGACGAAAGUGAGGAGUUCGGAGAGUGUGAAGAAUUGAGAGAGAUUCUGGUACUUUUGGGUAAAUCCCGGGAUAAUGUUACUACGAAGGUUGUUUGGAAUUACAUCCAAUAUUGCUCGUAUCCAUUCUUGCGUUGCUGCAUCUUGUUUUACCAUUACUUAACGGAUGUGCCUGCGCCUGUAGAACUAACAGAGGACAACGGGGAUACAUUCGAAAACAUGUGCGAUUACCUAUCCCUGCCCACUCAUCCGAGCGACUUAUUGAACUCUCCGGAAGUUUUGUCUUUAGUACAAAAAUGGAUAAACCAUGAAGAAGUGCAGAUUUAUCUGAACGGUGCGCCGUUACAGAUCAUCCAAGAACCACUACCGAUCAACCGUUUGGUGGAACUGCCGACCGAUUACAGUGAACUCUUAAACAUGGUAUCGUCCUUCUCGUGUCCAAACAGCGAUGAAGACUCGCGCAAUCCUACAAUGUGUCUGGUAUGCGGGGAACUCCUCUGCUCGCAGAGCUACUGUUGCCAAACCGAACUGGAGAAAACACACGUCGGCGCUUGUAAUUACCACGCCCACAAAUGCGGCGCAGGAGUCGGCAUAUUCUUGAGGGUGAGGGAAUGCGAAGUGCUUUAUCUGGCCACACCGUUCCGGGGUGCUUUUGUGUCACCACCUUAUUUAGACGAUUACGGCGAGACGGAUCAGGGUUUGAGGCGAGGUAACCCGUUGAAGCUAUGCACCGAGAGGUAUCACAAGCUACAGACGCUGUGGCUGAAGCACGGCAUCCAUGAGGAGAUCGCCAGAUCAAUAGAAACGAAUCAUUCGGCACAUGCGAUGCAGUGGAACCAGUUAUAGGAAAAUUGUGAUUGCUACUACUAACCGACGACUUCUGUAUAGAUUUAUUUUUGUGAAGAGUGCUAAGACUAAUUGUGCCACAAUUGGUUGCACAUAUUAAUCUUACCUACUUGGAAGCUGUGAUUGAAUCCUGGUAAAUGCGCGGAGCGAGAUUCCAGAGAGUCUAGUUGUAAAUGCAGCUAUUUUUCUAUUUGGGGCUGUAGCGAUGUGAAACGUUAGAAUAUUCUUCUAUGAGGGUUUAUUAUAUUGUACAGUAUGUGUAAAGUAUAUAUAUAUAUAUAUGAAUGUUUUAAAUGAGAGACUGUUGUUACCUUUUUAUUUUAUAAAUCACACUCUACUAAUUGACAUGACGAUUUUACAUAGCUUUAAUCUUUUUGGUGCCCAUAGUUUUUUACAAUGUGUUGUAGGAAUAUUCUCUUUUUACAUCACUUUAUUAUGAAAUUAGUACGCUUUCUUGGCCCUAGCAAAAAAAGACUAAUUCUAUUGUAGUAUAGGUUUUUAAAAACUCGUCUCUCUGAACUAGGAAUUGUGAUUUUUUGAAGAAUUUUUGUUAUAUAUCAUGUUGUAUUUACCGCAAUUCAAAAGUCAAAAUAAUUAAAUAUUUAUUCUAACAGAGUGAACUGUUAAAUUAUAUCAAUGUAAAAAUAUAAUACUGACAGUUGA